AUGAAAUGGCUUAUUUAGAUUUUAAAUUAUUUGAUCUUUACAACUGUCCAGGGUAUACAUGUAAGCACAAGACAUUUUAUUAAAUGUGAAGAUCCAGGUAAAUAUCAGAUUAAUGAAACAAAAUUAAACCCUAAAGAUACAGCUGUUUCAUUUUUCCAUUUCCAUAACAAUGUGCCAAGCGUCCCCAGUUACAGCUCUGGGGAUGAGUUAUUUUCAGGAUUAAUGACAGAUACAGUCAGCUGGGGAUCCUGUUAUGAUCCUGCAGUCACCUGGAACAAACACAUUGAAGAUAACAAAACUGUGAUCAUAAUACAUGAAGACCUGAAAGAGACCCUGACUGCCAGUGUAAAGCAGAUAGCUGCAUUCUUUAGAUUUUCACCAACAGCUGAGCAGAUCCAGGCCAUUGCAGGAAGGAAAACUUUCCAGCCAGUGAGUGUUAAAGCUCAGGAGACACAUGGUGCUGUUGGCUUAAUUCUUUUCCAUAAGGGUGUUCUUGGAGUGAAGAAUGUUUUUGCUGAAGCUCAGAACCAGAAAUUGGCUACCAAAUUCACGGUGUGCUUAUAAGUACCUAAACUUGGAGUGAAGUUUAAAUAUGAUGCGCAUUGCAAGGCCUGA